GGUCAUCAUCAGGUCAAGCAAGGCACAUGUGAGGUGGUCGCAGUUCACCGAUGCUGCAAUAAAAAUCGUAUUGAGGAGAGAUCACAAACUGUGAAAUGCUCAUGUUUUCCUGGACAAGUAGCUGGCACUACAAGAGCGCAGCCAUCUUGUGUAGAAGCAUUGAUUGUCAUCCAGAAGUGGUGGUGUCACAUGCAGCCCUGUAUGGAUUGGGAAGAGUGUAAAGUUUUACCAGAUCUCUCAGGCUGGUCCUGUAGCAGUGGAAAUAAAAUCAAAACUACAAAGGUGAGUGAUGGAUGUCUUCUUCCUGUUUGUAUGAUGUUUCUUAAUAUGACAUCAUUACAACGUUUGCCAGGUAUCUUGGUCUAA